AUGGCUGCUAUUCCUUCUAAAGUUUACAGAUCCACCUGGGAGCGACAACCUAAAGAUGGGCACCUUAGAGAGGGGGCAGGAGGAGCGGGUACCAUCAUCCAGGGCUCACACUUGACCUCAGCAGCAGAAAUAGUUUGUAGCAAUAGGGAAUUAAUAGAAUGGCAUAAUCCUGAGGCAGGCACCCCAUGUAUGUCUGUGGACACCCCCAGUCAGCCCAGUGGUUACCUGGAGAAUGAAUAUAGAUAUCAUCAUCCAAUCAGCAGCACUUGGAGACUUUGCUCUCCAGAUAUAAAGCAGCUCAUGGCCCUCUGGCUAAUUGAAAAACUUUGUUGCCCACCACAAGGAAGGGCAGAAAGACAGGAAGCACCAAACUCCAGAGCCGUGAGCAUCAAUCUUUCCCACCCUGCUGUCCUGCAGCUUUGCUAUGAGAGUGUGAAUGGAUCUUGCGUAAAAACUUCUUACUCACUCGGAUCCAGGGUGAUUCUGUACUCAGCGUCUGGCUUAGCCUCUUUGCUGGCUGUGUUUGGAAACCUCCUGGUGAUGACUUCAGUUUUGCAUUUCAAGGAGCUGCACUCUCCUGCCAAUUUCUUGAUCACCUCUCUGGCUUGUGCUGACUUCCUGGUGGGGGUGACCAUCAUGCCCUUCAGCAUGGUCAGGUCCGUGGAGAGCUGCUGGUACUUUGUAGCCAGAUUUUGUACCCUGCACAGUUGCUUCGAUGUGGCAUUUUGUUACUCUUCUCUCUUCCAGUUGUGCUUCAUCUCCAUCAACAGGUACAUUGCUGUUACUGACCCUCUGGUCUACCCCAGCAAGUUCACGGUGUCUGUGUCGGGGAUGUGCAUCAGCGUCUCCUGGAUCCUGCUCUUUGUAUGCAGCGGGGCCGUGUUCUACACAGGUGUCAAUGACGAUGGGAUGGAGGAAUUAGUAAGUGCUCUCAACUGUGUAGGUGGUUGUCAAAUUGUUGUAAAUCAAGACUGGGUUUUGAUAUAUUUUCUGUUAUUCUUCAUACCCACCCUCGUAAUGAUAAUUCUUUACUGUAAGAUUUUUCUAAUAGCUAAACACCAAGCUACAAAAAUUGAAAAUACUGGUAGCAAAGCAGAGUCAUCCUCAGACAGUUACAAAUCCAGAGAGAGAAAAAAGAGAAGAGAGAGAAAAGCUGCUAAGACCCUGGGUAUCAUGGUGAUAGCAUUUAUGAUUUCAUGGUUACCAUAUACAAUUGAUAUGCUAGUUGAUGCCUAUAUGGGCUUCAUAACACCUGCCUAUAUUUAUGAGGUCUGCUGUUGGGGUGCUUAUUAUAUCUCAGCCAUGAACCCUCUGAUUUAUGCUUUAUUUUAUCCUUGGUUUAGAAAAGCCAUAAAAAUUAUUUUAAGUGGGGAGUUUUUAAAGGAUAAUUCAUCAACCAUUAGAUUAUUUGCAGAAUAA